AUGUUCCGCCAACCAAUACGCGCACUCCGCGCACUCCGCACAUUUCCAUCCCACCCAGGCGCAAGCGCAAACUCUCUCCUCAUUGCGCCUCGACAUCCAGUCCACAGAGGCCUCAAUCAACUCACAAAGCGAUCCAGCAAGAAAAUUACCCAGUCACGACCUCCCACCCAUCAAGUCAACCGCCCCUUCACAACAACUCACCGCACCAACCGCCAGCAAUACCACCGCUUCACCAACACCCGCCAACCACUCUCCAAUCUCCUUCAAGCCGCCAAACCCCACCACUUCGUCUUUCUCGGCCUCACCAUCUCAGGAUUAUACCUGUAUAACACCGAUGAAGUACCGCAAACAGGACGCCGGCGCUUCAACUGCGUGUCGCGCUCGCUGGAGCUUAAGACGGGCAUCGAAAGCUACCGAGACAUCCUGAAUGCCGAGCGUGGAAAGGUCCUACCUGAUAACCAUCCAGUAACGCGAAUGGUGGAUGGUGUGCUACGGCGGCUUGUGGGUGAUGCUGAAGGGGACUGGAGGGUACAUGUUAUUCAGGACGAUGGGGUUGCUAAUGCGUUCGUGCUUCCUGGAGGUAAGGUCUUCGUUUAUACGGGUAUCUUGCCGGUUUGUUACGACGAGGAUGGCCUGGCUGCUGUGCUGGGUCAUGAGAUUGCGCAUGUUGUUGCUAGGCAUCCGGCUGAGCGCAUGAGUAAUAGUUUCUUGACCCUCGGGGCUGUCCUGGCUAUGUCCCUCUUUUUUGAUGUCUCUGGGCAGAUUUCUUCUUUUCUGCUGAAUUUGAUGGUUAGUCUGCCGAAUUCGCGGACGCAAGAGGCUGAGGCAGACAAUAUUGGGCUGAUGAUGAUGUCCAAGGCCUGUUUUGACCCUAGGGCGGCUGUUAAACUGUGGGCUCGCAUGCAAGAGCGAGAGAAACAAUCUCCGCCGCAAUUUAUGUCGACUCAUCCAUCGAACUACAAUCGGAUGGAAGCAAUUCAAGGAUUACUUGACAAGGCUGGACAUGUCUAUAACGAGAAUGGAUGCAAUGAAAUCAGGGGUCACAUGCCUGGUUUCCGAACCGCCUAUAACGCAGUCACCCGGGGUUUGACGCGACAUCAGAUCAUGUCACUUCAAAUCCCAGGUCCCUCCCAAGCGGGGCUUUUCAAGCAGGGUUACCAGAGCCACGAUGCGGAAGAUGGAGCCGUCAUCCGUAACAUCGAAGCCUGCCAGGCUAUCUCGGGUACCGUCCAGACCUCCCUGGGCCCCUAUGGCCGCAACAAGAUCGUCAUCAACCACUUGCAGAAGAUGAUUUUGACCUCCGAUGCGGCGACUAUCCUCCGCGAGCUCGAUGUUGUUCACCCCGCUGCUAAGCUGCUCGUUAUGGCCAGUCAGCAGCAGGAUGCGGAGAUGGGCGAUGGUACCAACUUGGUCAUUGUGUUGGCCGGUGAGCUGUUGAAGAAGGCAGAGGAGUUGAUCCGCAUGGGCUUGAAGACGAGUGAUAUUGUUUCCGGAUAUGAAAAGGCUCAGAACUUUGCCAUGGCCACUCUCGAGGAGCUCGAGGUCGACAGACUCCAGGAUAUGCGAUCAGCGACCGAACUGAGCAAGGCUCUCCGCACAGUCGUGGCUUCCAAGCAGUCCGGCACCGAAGAUACCCUGGCUGCGUUGGUUGCCGAGGCGGUUCUGGCCGUGCUUCCCCAAAAUCCGCUCAACUUCAACGUCGACAACGUGCGAGUCGUUAAGAUUAUGGGUGGUAGCUUGGAACAAUCCAAGGUUGUCAAGGGUAUGGUCUUCGGCCGGGAGCCGGAUGGAGUUAUCAAGAAGGCCAGCAGAGCUAAGGUCGGCGUGUUCAGCUGCCCCAUCGAUAUCAGCCAGACCGAGACCAAGGGCACAGUUCUCCUGAAGAACGCUCAGGAAAUGAUGGACUUCACCAAGGGUGAGGAAUCGCGUCUGGAGGCUGCCAUCAAGGAGCUCUAUGACUCCGGCCUCCGCGUCCUUGUUGCCGGCUCCACCGUCGGCGACCUGGCCAUGCACUACCUCAACCGCUUCAAUAUCCUGGUCGUCAAGGUUUUGUCCAAGUUCGAGCUCCGCCGCCUGUGCCGUGUUGUCGGCGCUACACCUCUUGCCCGUCUGGGUGCUCCCAUGCCCGAUGAGAUGGGCCAGAUCGACGUCGUCGAGACCACCGAGAUCGGUGGUGACCGUGUCACCGUCUUCCGCCAGGAGGAUGUCAAUGCCGUUACCCGCACAGCCACCAUUGUCCUGCGCGGUGCUACCCAAAAUCACUUGGAGGACGUUGAGCGCGCCAUCGAUGACGGCGUGAACGCUGUCAAGGCCAUCACCAAGGACCCCCGCUUGGUGCCUGGUGCCGGUGCCACCGAGAUCCAGCUCGUGGAGCGCAUCUCCAACUUCGCCGACCGAACCCCCGGUCUUCCCCAGCACGCUAUUCGCAAGUACGCCGAGGCCUUCGAGGUCAUCCCCCGCACACUCGCCGAGUCUGCCGGUCUCGAUGCCACCGAGGUUCUCUCGCGCCUGUACACCGCACACCACCGCGCCUCUAAUGCCGAGUCAUCUUCCGAAGAGGAGGGCAGCUCUUCCGAGGAGGAGGAUCACUACUGGACUACAGGUGUGGAUCUUGAAAUUGGCGAGUCUGACGGUACCCUUGAUACCGUUGAGGAGGGUAUCCUGGAUCUUUUGGCUUCUAAGAUGUCUGCGAUCCGCCUGGCCAGUGAGUCUGCCCGGACGGUGCUGAGCGUUGACCAGAUCAUUGUCUCCCGACAGGCGGGAGGCCCUAAGCCUCCGCAGGGUGGAGGUGACUGGGACCAGGACUAA